AUGGUGAGUACCCGCGAUCCCCGGAGCCCAUGUCGUCACCGGGCCUUCCUUCACCUCCCGUGUUGUUUGCCCUUGAUCGGCACGAUGAAGCUUACAGCCUCUGUCACCAGCGCGGUGCAGGCCUCCGGUCGCAACGACGACGAGCACAAGGGAAGGCAAGUCACUGCCUGGAGCGUCACCUGCGUGAUAGCUUCCAGCGAGGGGACCGCCUGGGUGAAAGUGCCAGCAGCGAUCAGUGGUGACUUUACCACCGUGGUGACCAAAGAUAUUGUCAUUAUGAUGCCGAAGGAUGCAGAUGACCUGUACAAGGAGAGGUGUGUGAAGCCAAGUGCGAAAGAUCUCGCCGGCUACACGGUUUCAGAGCAUUCGCUGAAGUUGGCGGACUUUGACGUGAAAGCCGCCUGCGCAGCCGACUUCGUGGGGACGGCCUCGGUGAAAGUUUGCGCAGAAGAUGCCACCGAGUACUCGCUCUCUGGUUGCCGGCCACCAGUCUGCAAGGCCAUCAACGACGUCGCUUACUCUGUAGAGGUGAAGAGCCUGGAAAGGCAUUCCUUUGACGUUGGCGUCAGCUGUGCCGACGGCUACACCGGAGAGGCGAAGGUGAAGAUCUGCGAAGAAGAUGGCGAGGGCUUCACUCUCGAAGGCUGUGUGCGUACAACCACAACGACUUCAACGACGACAACCACCACCACGAGCACAACCACAACUACGAUCACCACUACGACAACGACAACAGUCACGACGACUACCACCACAAUCACGACAACCUCAACUGUGACAUCAACUACCACGACCACCGUGACGACCACUAGCACCACAACUACCACCUUCACAACAACUACCACCACCACGAGCACCAGCACCACAACCGUUACCACUACGACAACUUCCACGACAACCUCCACCACAACCUCGACCCACACAACUACGAGCACGACAACCACUACCAGUACUACGACCGAGACAACCACCACCACCCUGACAACCACAUCUACUACGACUACAACGAUUACCUCCACCACUACGACGACCACCACGACCACAACCACUACAUCCACAACUACCACAACCUCAACUACAACAAGUACGACCACGACGACAACCACCACAACGACCUCAACGUCCACAAGCACUACAACGAUCACGACGACGAGCACAUCAACAAGCACCACAACGACGACUUCCACAAGCACGACAACGAUCACAACAACUUCCACGACGACAACGACCACUACUACGAGCACCACCACCACCACCACGUCGACCAGCACUACCACAGUGACCACAACUACAACUACAAGCACCACCACAACGACCUCUACCACAACCACCAUCACCACUACUUCAACGACCACCAUCACAAGUACCACAACCACAACUACCAGCACAACCACCAUCACGUCUACCACUACCACAUCCACUUCGACUACCACCACCACGAGCACAACAACGACCACUCUCACAACAACUACAACCACCACCACCUCCACGUCAACCACGACCACUACCACCUCUACAAGCACUACAACCACGACAAGCACGACAACCUUGACCACGACUUCGACAACGACUAUCACCACUACCACUACAACCUCUACAACCACAACCACGACUAGCACGGUGACCUCUACAACAACAACCACAACGUCCACGACCACCAGCACGACGACUACAUCCACCACAACGACUACCACAACCACAACCACCACAACGUCUACUAGCACCAGCACAACGACAACGACGACGACCAGCACCACUACAUCUACCUCUACCACCACAUCCACGACAACCAGCACCACCACAACAACUACUACAUCAACGACCACAACGACGACAACCACCACUACCACAUCUACAACAACCAGCACGACCACUACGACCAGCACUACAACUACCACAACCACCACUACUUCAACAUCCACCAGCACAACAACCACGACCUCCACGACGACCUCCACGACCACGACCACCUCCACAACGACGUCGACAACCACGACAACUUCCACAACUACAUCCACGACAACCACUACGUCGACAACGACAUCCACGAUCACGACGACAAGCACCCAGACGACCACAUCGACGACUUCCACAAGCACUACGACUACGACCAGUACCUUCACGACCACCACCACGGUCACAUCUGCCGACUGCGUGCCUCCAAAAGACGUGCAAGGUUAUGACCUGAAAGUCAAGUCGAUUCACAUUGACGACUUCGACGUGUCUGCCAGCUGCUGGGAGGGUUACGACGGCCAGGCGGUCGCGAUGUCUUGCGAGCAUCCCGGCCAGAGCUAUACACUGACUGGCUGCAAAUGGAGUCGGCACUGCAUCGCUCCCAACGAGACCAAGGGCUACAAGGUGAAUGAGCGCUCUUUGGACGUCGACAGCUUCGACGUACAAGCAGAGUGUUCCCUUGAUCCGAGCAUGACCGCAAAGGUUACGAAGUGCAACGAAACCUUCGCGAAGUACCAGCUCUCGGGCUGCCGCACCAGCGCCAUCUGCACCAGCCCGGAGACUACCGAGGGCUACAUCGUCGAGGAAAAGCAACUUCUCCGUCACGAGUUUGACGUCACGGCAUCCUGUGCCGCUGGAUACGCAGGAACCGGAUCGGUGAAGCCUUGCGACCAUCAUCUCAAGCCCUACGUCCUCUCUGGCUGCAGCGCUCUCUGCCUGGCACCGAAGACAGUAAAGAGCUACCUGAUCGAGGAGAACAACCUGUUCAUGGAGUCCUUCGAUGUGACCGCCAAGUGCUUCGACGGCUUCGAGGGCACGGCGAAGGUGACGAAGUGCUCGAAGCCUGGUGGAACCUACUCCUUGAGCGGCUGCUCCUACGGAGGCGCCUGCACGGCUCCGGAAAGCACGGAGGGCUACUUAGUCACCGAGGUGGAGCUCCGCAAGACGGACUUGGAUGUGACGGUGGAAUGUGCCCCGAACUACAUCGGCACGGCUGCGGUGACGCCUUGCUCUGACGACUUGGGCCCCUACGCCCUCACCGGCUGCGAGGCCGAGAAGAAGUGCUUCUCCCCUGCUUCGGACUCUUUGGAGGGCUACGAUUUGGUGGAGAACUCCGUGGCCAUGGAGAACUUCGAUGUGACGGCUACAUGCAAAAGCACUCAUGUGGGAACUCCCCAGGUGACGGCCUGCACCAGGCCACUGACGCCCUACACCAUCGCCGGCUGCGAGGAGAAGAUCGUCUGCGUCACUCCUUCCGAAACCAAGGGCUACAAGAUCACCGAAGUCUCAAAGCUGCAGCAGACCUUUGACGUUAAGGUGGAGUGCGACCUUGGCUACGAGGGCACGGCCUCCGUCACAGCCUGCUCAGCGACUGGGGAGGUCUACACUCUCGGUGGCUGCACCUACAGCACCGACGUUUGUGUCGCCCCCGAGUCUACAGAGGGAUACCUGGUCACCGAGACCAACCUACGCCAGUCGGUCUUCAAGGUUCAGGCGGCUUGUGCUGCGGGCUACAUCGGCACCCCGGAGGUCACGCCGUGCUCGAGCGAUUUGAAGCCUUAUGCACUCAGCGGCUGCGAACACAUCGGCGACGAGGUCACGCUCGAGGAUGGCAUCGAGUGUGAAUAUUUCUACGACCAAUCCCAAUGUCACAUCGGCGAUCUGGGUACCCUGACACCCGCGAAUAAAGUGGUUGUGCCAGAGAUCUUCAUGGAGAACGGCAAGUUCCCCGAGGUCCGCCAAGGCAAUCAUUUCUGCAUCAGGUGCAGUGGUCUCCUGGUCACCAAAAAGGAGGGCAACUACAAGUUUUUCCUGAGUUCGGACGACGGCUCACUUAUGUAUUUGGACGGGCAGAAGCUCGUCGACAACAAUGGCUGCCACGGGGAGCAGGAGAAGAGCAGCGGCGACACCUUCGUGGCGAAGGGAACUCACAGGGUGACGGUGGACAUGUGCGAAAUGGGUGGUGGCGAGGUCCUGAAGCUGCGCUACAAAGGCCCGGACACCGGCAACUCGAAGGUCAAAGUCCCCAAGAGCGCUCUCAAGUACGGCAAGGAGCCGGACUUGGAGGCUGAUCUCGCGGAUGGCAUGGAGUGCGACUACUUCUACGAUAAGGCGCAAUGCCAAGUGCCGGACCUGGCUUCUCUGACCCCAGCCCAUCGCGUGAUCGUGCCAGAGAUCUACAUGACCAAUGGGAAGUUCCCGGACGUACGUCAGGGGGAUCAGUUCUGCACGAGGUGCACUGGUCGUCUCGUGACAAAGAAGGAGGGCAACUACAAGUUCUUCCUCGCCUCAGACGAUGGUUCCCUCAUGUACCUGAACGGGGAGAAAGUCGUGGACAACAACGGCUGCCACGGAGAAAGGGAGAGAGGCAGUGGCGACAAGUUCCUGAAGCCGGGUGCCCACGAGAUCGUGGUGGACAUGUGCGAGAGGGGCGGUGGCGAGGUCUUGAAGAUGCGCUGGAAAGGGCCGGACAGUGGCAACUCCAAGAACAAGAUCCCUGCUGCCGUGCUCAAGCACAAGCAGCCGAAGCUGAAGCUCGUAGACGGCUUGGAGUGCGACUACUUCUACGAUCAGUCGCAGUGCCAAGUACCGGACCUAGGCGCCUUGACCCCAGCCCACCGUGUGAUCGUGCAAGAGAUCUACAUG